ACUGAAUAAAACAAAAUAAAAUAAAAUGGAUAAAGUGGAAGCGAUUUCGAUGCCCAACAGCGAUGCAUAUCGGCGUGUGCUCAACAAGACUAUCUCCCAGAUGCUGCUCGACAAGGGCGCCGUCCUCGCUAGUAAUCAAUGCCUGGAAACUCUCACCCAAAUGAUGCAGUCGCUGCUAGUUGAGAUUGGCAACUCGUCUCACAACUAUUGCGAGCUUGGCGGACGAACAAUGCCAACGGUGGGCGACGUCAACCUGGCACUGAUCAACAUGGGCAUCAACGUUGGCAGCCUGGAAGCGUUCAGUCGUCGCGCCAAUGUGGCAACAAUUCCACUGCCCGCCCAACAAACACAACAGCGUCAAUUGAAUCUGCUGCAGGCAGGCACCAAGGCAUCGCAUCCACACUAUGUGCCCAGCUACUUCCCGCCGAUGCCCGAUCCACAUACGUACAUAAGGACACCCACCUACAGGCAGCCAGUCACCGAAUACGAGGCCAUACGCAAGAAGGCAGCCAGCCAGAAGCGGGACGUGGAGAAGGCCCUGACCAAGUUUCUCUGCAAAACGAGCGAAACGAACAAUCUGUUCCCCACCGAGGAUAACAUGUUUCCACUGAUUGCUUGUCAGUCGGUGUUUCCCGCUUAUAUGGCUGCGUUAAAUCCCACGGAUCAGGUGUUUGACUUUGAGGAACUUGAGUAUCAUUACUUGGUGGCCAAUCGCACUGAGGAUGCGCCCAGCAAGGAGGAUGGCGAAGAUGGGGAUAGCGAGAAUGAGGAGCUCGAUGGCCACAAGUCUAAGGAGGAGAAGCCCGAACUGGAAAUCAAACCAAAUUCGACUACGAAUAAAGCGAUACUCGAUAAUCCCAAUAUCGAUAAUCCGUAUUUGCGCGCCGCAACACUGCCAAAGCGAUCGAAGCACAGCGAUUCGAAUGUCUCCUCGCGUAUUCUGAGCAAUCGGAAUGGGAGUGCCUGUAGUACGGCGAUUACGCCAACACCUUCCACUUUAGAAAUCACCACAAAUAGCGUUUAAUUCAUGCAUUAUAAUACACACGUCUGAACAUAUAUUAUAAAUAUCUAUUUUUAAA